AUGUCCGCGGGCCUCACAGAACCGGCGGGCGCCGCUCCCUCAGCCGUCGGGAGCGCCUCAGGGACCGUGACCAUGGCCCCCGCCGGGACCCUGCCGCUGCGGGUGGAGAGCGCGCCCCUGGCCGGCGUGACCAAGACGCCUGUCGGUGUCUGCGCCGAUCCCUCGGCGUCUCAGCAGCCCCUGCGGUCCCCGGUGGGGACCGUGGUGACCAAGGUGGCUCCUGUCAAUGCGCUUCCUCAACCCGGCGGCGGUGGCGGCGGCGGCUCUAGGCUGCCCGCGCCUCAGAUAGUUGCGGUGAAAACCCCCAACACCACGACCAUCCAGUUGCCGGCUAAUUUGCAGCUUCCUCCAGGAACAGUUUUGAUCAAAAGUAACAGUGGUCAGUUGAUGUUGGUAUCUCCCCAGCAAGCUGUGACAAGAUCUGAGGCCACGACUAAUGCACUUUCAAGGCCAGCAGUGCCAGCAAAUCCUCAAACAGUCAAAAUCUGUACCGUGCCGAACUCUAGUUCACAAGUAAUCAAGAAAGUGGCGGUGGCACCUGUUAAAAAAUUGGCACAAAUAGGAACUACUGUGGUAACCACUGUUCCAACGUCUUCCUCAGUACAAUCCAUGGCUGUGCCAACCAAUACUAUCACUGUAACGCCUGCCAGGCCGUUGAACACAGUAACCACUCUGAAACCUCCAAGUGUGGGACCAUCAUCCACCUCCUCAAAUGAGCCCAGUUUGAAAACGGAGGGACCAGCAAGUGCUCAGACCACCCUUUCUCCACCAAUGCUGGAAAAUGUGAAGAAAUGUAAGAACUUCCUUGCAAUGUUAAUCAAACUAGCAUGUAGUGGGUCACAGUCCCCAGAAAUGGGGCAAAAUGUGAAGAAACUUGUGGAGCAACUUUUGGAUGCAAAAAUUGAAGCAGAAGAGUUUACUAAGAAACUGUAUGUUGAACUGAAGUCUUCACCUCAGCCUCACCUAGUUCCUUUUCUUAAGAAAAGUGUGAUUGCCUUACGACAGCUUCUACCUAAUGCCCAGAGCUUCAUUCAGCAGUGUGUUGAGCAGACUUCUAGUGAGGGUGUCAUUGCCACCUGUACCACAGCGGUGACAGCUGCUCCCGCGGUUACGACUACAGUUUCCGUCAUUCAGCCUGAAAAGCCCAUUGUGGUUUCUGCAGCAGCAGCACCCAGAGCUGUGUCAGUGCAGACUCUGAAUACACUUGCUGGUCCAGAUGGAGUAAAACCUGGACUUGUGACUCUUCAUUCUGUGGGUCCAGCUACUGUACAAGGAGGAACAACAGCUGGAACUGUUUUGCUUCAAACUUCAAAACCACUUGUGACAUCUAUACCAAAUACAGUUACAACGGUCCCACUUCAGUCUGAGAAGCCAGUUGCCUCUGGAGCAGUGACCCUGGCCCUUCCUUCAGUAGCUUUUCGAGAAACUUCAGCUACAGCUCUUUGUCUUCCAUCUGUAAAACCUGUUGUUACUCCUGCUGGGAGCACAUCUGACAAGCCUGUUGUUGGAGCUCCAGUCCAAAUCAAAAUUGCCCAGCCGAGUACUGUUCUUUCACAGCCAACUGGGAUUCCACAGGCAGUCAAAGUCAAGCAACUAAUUUGGAUGAAUGACUGUCUGUGCUGGUUCUUACUGUUUCAGGUGGUCCAGCAGCCUUCAUCAGGCUUUGCAAAACAAGCGCCCACACUUGCCCAUUCCUCAGCGUUGAGCAUUCAGAAAUCUGGGCAGAAGAAGAUGCCAGUGAACACCGUAAUACCUACCAGUAAGUUCCCUUCAGCUUCUAUUCUAAAGCAAAUUACUCUGCCCGGAAAUAAAAUUCUGUCGCUUCAAGCACCUACUAUUCAGAAACAUAAAAUAAAAGAGAAUGGAGCAACAUGCUUCAGAGAUGAGGAUGACAUCAAUGAUGUGACGUCCAUGGCGGGGGUCAACCUCCAGGAAGAAAAUGCCUGCAUAUUAGCAACAAACUCUGAACUGGUUGGCACACUCAUUCAGUCAUGUAAAGAUGAACCAUUUCUUUUCAUUGGAGCUCUUCAAAAAAGAAUUUUAGAUAUUGGUAAAAAGCAUGACAUUACAGAACUUAACUCUGAUGCUGUGAACUUGAUCUCCCAUGCAACGCAGGAGAGAUUACGAGGCCUUCUAGAAAAAUUGACCACAAUUGCUCAGCAUCGGAUGACUACUUACAAGGCAAGUGAAAAUUAUGUCCUUUCUAGUGAUACCAGGUCACAGCUUAAAUUUCUUGAAAAGCUGGAUCAACUGGAGAAACAGAGAAAGGAUUUAGAAGAAAGAGAAAUGUUACUUAAGGCAGCCAAGAGUCGUUCCAAUAAAGAAGACCCGGAACAGCUGAGAUUAAAGCAGAAAGCCAAAGAGUUACAGCAGUUGGAACUUGCACAGAUACAGCACAGAGAUGCUAAUCUCACAGCCCUUGCAGCUAUUGGACCAAGGAAGAAGAGACCACUAGAAUCUGCAAUUGAGGGCUUAAAAGACUGCAUUCUUCCUUCUGGGACAUCCAGCCUAACAGCCACCAAGCAGCUGCUUCGUCCAAGAAUCACACGAGUCUGCCUCAGGGAUUUGAUAUUUUGCAUGGAACAGGAAAGAGAGAUGAAGUAUUCCCGAGCUCUGUACCUGGCCCUUCUGAAGUGACCACUCCACUCUCCAUGCAGAUCCUUGCUGUUUACUGCCAAAGAAGACGUAAUAAGCAUUGUUGCACUAUCCUAAAAUUCCCAUUUCUGAAAAAUAAUCACCAGUAUGGAAAAGCAUUGUUUACAACUACAAACUGUUAUUAAGUCUCACCUAAACAUCCCGUGGGGUUCUUACAGACCAGAACUUAGCUUUCUUUUCUGAAAAUCAGCUGUGAAACACAGUUUACACAGAACUGGACUUCUGCCUACUUGUGCGUUUAAUUAUAAUUUGUUAUUAUUCAUUUUGUUUGCCAAACUAUAGUAGUUUGAGAUGUUUUUCUCUAACAUGUUACUGUUU